AUGGCGGCCACACCAACGGCCACACUAAUGGCCAGACCAAUCGCCAGGUCAAUGGAACUGGACGGCUUCACUGCCGUGCAGACACGCCAAAACCCGCACCCACACGCCUCACGGAAUCCAUACGGCCACAAUGCCGGAAUCACAGACUUCCUGAGCAAUGUAUCGAGAUUUAAGAUUAUCGAGAGCACUCUACGUGAGGGCGAGCAGUUUGCGAAUGCCUUCUUUGAUACGGAGAAGAAGAUUGAGAUUGCGAAGGCCUUGGAUGAUUUUGGUGUAGACUAUAUCGAACUUACCAGUCCAUGUGCUUCGGAGCAAUCGAGGAAGGACUGCGAAGCCAUUUGCAAGCUUGGAUUGAAGGCAAAGAUUCUCACGCAUAUCCGAUGCCAUAUGGAUGAUGCCCGCGUAGCUGUCGAGACUGGCGUUGAUGGAGUCGACGUUGUCAUUGGCACUUCAUCAUAUCUCCGUGAACACUCCCACGGAAAGGAUAUGACCUACAUCAAGGAUACUGCGAUUGAAGUCAUCGAAUUCGUCAAGUCCAAGGGCAUUGAGAUCAGAUUCUCGAGUGAAGACUCAUUCCGAUCAGACCUCGUCGAUCUCCUUUCCAUCUACUCCGCCGUGGACCAAGUGGGCGUCAACCGCGUCGGCAUCGCAGAUACCGUCGGCUGCGCCUCACCCCGACAAGUCUACGAACUUGUCCGCGUCUUACGCGGCGUUGUCAAUUGCGACAUCGAAAUCCAUCUCCACAACGACACGGGCUGCGCCAUCGCCAACGCCUACUGCGCCCUUGAAGCCGGCGCCACGCACGUCGACACUUCCGUCCUCGGAAUCGGCGAGCGCAAUGGCAUCACACCGCUCGGCGGCCUCAUGGCGCGCAUGAUUGCCGCAGACCGAGACUACGUCAAGAGCAAGUACAAGCUCGAGAAGAUCAAGGAUAUCGAGGACCUGGUCGCCGAAGCGGUGCAGGUCAACAUCCCCUUCAACAACUACAUCACGGGCUUCUGCGCUUUCACGCACAAGGCCGGUAUCCACGCCAAGGCCAUCCUCAACAACCCCAGCACAUACGAGAUCAUCAACCCAGCCGACUUUGGUAUGACCCGCUACGUGCACUUCGCCUCGCGCCUGACGGGCUGGAACGCCAUCAAGUCGCGCGCGCAGCAGCUGAAUAUCGAGAUGACCGAUGCGCAGUACAAGGAGUGCACGGCCAGCAUUAAGCUGCUGGCAGAUAUCAGGCCCAUCGCGGUUGAUGAUGCGGAUAGUAUCAUCCGUGCCUUCCAUAGGAAUCUCAAGUCCGGCGAGAAUAAGCCGCUGUUAGACCUUUCUGCUGCGGAGAAGGAGGCGUUGGCGGAGAUGGAGAUGGAGAUGGACGGGAAGGAGGGGUGAGGUUUUCCUUGUGUAAGAAAAAAGGGAGUGGAGAGAAUUAUGGUUUAUUCAGGUACCAGAAAAGAAGGGAAUAUCGCAAUCACCGUCAAAAUCAUGAAAAGUAGAUAGAAAGGAGCUUGUUUGGUUUGUUCUGCUGGUUUGGGUUAGGGGGCGGGUUGGAAAGAUAAUAUCCACCACGUUUAUGAUUUUUUGAUACAUCUCUUGAUGAUCAUUUUGCAUUUCCAUUCGCAUUUCCAAUUCAUUUCUCUUUUCCUCUUCCGGACCUCCUUUUUUUAUUUUGGGCCCCCUUUUCGGGCCCCCCUGAAACACACGAACGAAGUGUAGUUCUGUGUGGGGGGGAGAGUGGCACAAUAGGGGUAAAAAGCAAAUAUAUUAAAAAGAACAGAGCGACCGCUGCUCUCAUCCUUCAAAAA